UCAACCGGUUUGGAUUGGUAGCUUUGUCAUCUGUUACGGAAGAAAAAAACAUCAUUAGGAUUUUUUUCUGCUGUUGUUUGCUCUUCUCGCUGAAGAAUUGAGCCGGUUCUUGGGAUGUGAACACAGCACAGAAUUAUAUGUAUUUGAAUACAAUGGAAUUAUUCUCGUUGGUGAUUUAUGGUCAAAUUAUGCGUUUUUGCGCGAGAGUGCGUUGAGUGUUGUGUGUUUUGGGUUUGCCUUCCCCGGCUCGCACUGCAGUGCUUUAGCAUGAAUAAUGAAUAAGUGAGUUUGUUUUCGACGGAGAAAUUGGCCUCGCAAUGGAGAAUAUCAAUGCUUAAAAUUAAACAUAACGCAUAGCGGAGAGGAAGUGAGGCGACAGUUCCAGUAUUUUAAUGCUACCCGAAGUUGUGAGAGUGUGUUAUGUAGAAGGCUGCUAAAAAGAAACAAAAUUAAGAAAAAAAUAUAUGAACGAAUGAAAUAGAUAACAGAGUCACAUGUGUUUUGUGUAACUUUCUUUACAUUACUCUAUUUCCAUUCGCUGGUGCACUUGAAAUUGUUUCCAACAAGAGAAACCUAUGUUGGGUGGAAGUGUUCUCUCUUUUUUGUGUGUAUCUGAGGCCGUUGAACGACGGUUCAAAAAGUUCGAAAGUUAAAAGCCACAGACUCAUUGUGUUACAAAUGUUCCCGUUUUUUCUAACUGGAGUUAUACGGUGUGUUUAGAAAGGGAUCAUUACUGCGUACGGUUGGGGAGGAACAUGUUUCGAAAGAUUUACUUCCUUCGGCUGCUGCUGGCAUUGGCUGGAGCGCAACGACGACGCCAGUAAACGAUGGGUCGUAGAAUGUAACAUAUGUUGAAAACGAUAUUUCAAUUUGAAAUCACGUCAUCCGACUUGGGCACGCGAAAAAAACGACAGUCUUGUUGCGAUAAAACUCUCUCUUGCAUCAGCCCCACGGCUGCACACUAAUUAGUCAUAUCAAUAACACAAACUGUGUAAGUCCUAACUGCGAAAUGAAUCAUUAUCCGAGGGACUUAUAUUAGUUUGCAACAGUCGUUGGAAAAGUGAUUUGUUGUGGCGUGCGUCGUUUCCCCCCCUCAUCGCACGAAGUGGGUGGUAUCCGAUGAACCCAUUUCCUCCGGUGUCGAACUGAACCUGAGGCAGCCCAGACGGGAGAACCGCGUGUGUGAUAUCGUGGCUCGAGGCGCGGAAUGUAAACAUGAUGCAGAUAAAACGCAAACAGUAUGGCAACAGUUGAACAGGUUUCGCCCCAAUCAAUCAUAGGUUUAAUCUUGAGCUCGAGCGCGAGUGCAAUAUUGCACCGCAACAAGGCAGAAGUGAAGUGGUCUAUUGCUUAAUCGAAAAAUAUAAGCUGUUACGGUUGUGUACUGGAGAGUGUAUUGGCUUUUAAGUGCGUAAGAAAAACAUAGUGCUGGGUGGAAUUACCCAAUCGGAAGUGUGUGCCCGUUUUGUUGAAGCCGACUGUUCAACGGGAAAGGUUCUGUAUAAACUUUAUCAUCUUCACGGCAGCAGCAGCAGCAGUUGACAUCGGAAGAAAAAAUGGUACUCUGCGACAGUGAUUUAGAUGUAACGGGCAUCUCGGAAAAGUGGAACAAACUGCGCCGUCGCUGUGCAUCGUUCAAAACAGUCUCCGGCCCAGCGUCACUCGAUUCGGACACCAAUUUCAUAUUGGCCGAGCAUCCGGCAACUCACUAUCAGAUCAUUUCUUCCGGCCCAGUUCCGGUUCAAGUUCAGCAGGUGCAACAGCCCCAUCAUCAGCACCAUCAGCACAAUCAUCAUCGCCUCAGCCACGGACACCAUCGGCAUCAUCAUCAUCAUCAUCAUAAUCACCAUCAUCACAACAUUGGUCACGAACAGCAGCAUCCGCAACUCUAUAACCAUUUGCACGAUCCAAAUUGGGAACUGCGUCACUCGAGUUCUAGUUCAACAUCGACAUCCUCGUCCACACUUGGGCAAACAAAGCUUCCGAUAUAUGCAGCAGAGGAUUACUGGCAGUUUCACGAGCGGGAUGUGAAGCUGUGGCGCCUGGGUGCUCAUCAAACUUAUGCUCACCGAAUCAGAGCUACGCCAAAUCAGCGUCGCAGUGCUCACAGUAUCAAUUGGGAGUACAACGUGCAAGAAUAUGAAAACAUGGGCGAUCCCACUCAGGUCUCCACGCCACGGUUGUUUCGCCAUGAAAAGCUCCAAUACUAUGAUGAUAUGUCCUGCGCGACCAAGAAGAAGAACUCGCUCGGUGCAAGUGAAAGCGAGAGUGGAAUUAAGAUCGCCAAAGAAAUCAAACUGCCAAGUCUGAAGAAUUUCAAAUCCGCUUCGAUGCGAUUGCCCGGCCAGAAGUCUUCCAUAAACGAGGUACAACAGUUGCUAAGGAAUAAAUUUAACAGAAUACACGCAGGUCUGCGGAAAAGAAGAGCUCUGUCCGUCCAGGAAGUGUUCCAGCUGCCAGGGCAAACGCCGGUGCAAUCGAAGCCCACAUUCUACGUUCCGUCGCCGCUAGUCAGCGAAAAGAACCCCCAUAAUCCGCCCCACUACGAGGAAGAAACCUACGAAGAUGACGACGGUCCGAUCAGUUUACCAUAUAUCAACGAGAAUCUGCUCGCAGUUGAACAGACACAAGUUAGCUUGCGGGAUCGAUCGCUUAGUCCGAGGAAGGAACGAACCAAAACAUGGUACCGCAAUAUCGACCUCAACGCUCCCAUACCCAAAGCGGAAAAGGCAUCCGAAAAUGGCCAAAGUCCAGUUUCCACUCCCGUUACCGACGGGGACCAUGUCGACGACAGUCCCAAGCAGAAAGCCGACAAACCAAACUUUUCGAUCGGUGGCCGUGUGUCACUCCGCGAGCGCGUCGAGAAUAUGAAUCUCAGCCGGCUCCGGUCGAAACCCUCCAACACCAACUCAGCUAGUCCACAGCCAAAAAAAGCAACCGAACAGCGCAAAAUCCGACCCCGCAGCCAUUCACCGCUAAAAAACAUCAAAAUCAAUCUGUCCGGUCUCGGCAUCGGUGGUGGCGGAACCGAUUCACAGCCCCAAACGCCCAAACCAAAGCGUGAAUCAUUCGGUCUGUUCGGUCGGCUAAACCGUAUGAUGCACGGUAGUCCCUCGCCGGAAAAAUCCAGCCGGGCGAGUGCAGCAGCCACAGCAGCAACCAAAAACGGUGCCGAUGCCGCAAGCGAUACCUCCAACCGGCAGAAAAAGGCAACAGCUAAUGGAAACGGUACUGUUGCCACUACCGGUACUGGUGCUGGUGCUGCUCCCGGUGUCAGUUACAGUGGUAAUGUUAGUAAACAAUCGACCAUACAGAAGCUGACGAAACUGAGCGGCGGGAAUCGGCGGGACUCGGUGCAGUCCAAAGCAGCGGAAUCAGUGGCCCCGGAACGUGACCGGAAAUCUAAACAGAUUGCGGAUAUUUCCAAUGAAAACACAAAACCUUCGGCAGUCACAUUUUCCAAAAUACCACAGCACUAUGGCGGCUAUUCGGAGGCAGCAGAGAACGAAGAUCUUAAUGAAGAUGAAAUCGAGGAAAGCAAAUUCUGCACGCUACCUCGUAACGGUCCAAAUGCUUUCACCAUUCGACAAGCUCGUUUCGUCAAAGGAAACGGCGCUAAGGCUCUCGGAUUCUCGAUCGUUGGUGGAAAGGACUCCCCCAAGGGUUCGAUGGGAAUCUACGUCAAGACGAUCUAUCCCAAUGGUCAGGCAGCGGAGAACGGAACCCUUCAGGAGGGUGACGAGAUACUGUCCGUCAACGGCAAGGCAUUCCAGGGAUUGUCUCACCAGGAGGCAAUCAAUGUGUUCAAAUCAAUCAAAACCGGCGACGUGACGAUACUGAUCGGGCGGCGGAACAACCGCAGGAAGCUGGAAACCCCGAUCCCCCAGUCUGGUUCUUCUGCCAGAGAUUGAUCGGCCUACAUACAGUGGAAGUGUUAUUUUUACCAUUUAAAAAUAAGGAUUUCUUGAAACACUGCAAUUAUUAGUGAUAAUUACUGUAAUAUUUAACGUAUGCAAUCAUCCUGGCGAAAAAAACACGAACUAGAAAGUGCCAAAAUGCAAUUUGCACUUUCGCUGGAAAGCUCACAUGAGAGUGAAAGCUUAAAAAGAAUUUGAAAGCCGAAUGUGGAGAAAAUACCAAAUUUCCAACAUUUACCCCAAAAAGGACCAUUGUUCCCCAAUGUCAAAUGAAUGCAAUUUAUUUUUUUUGUGUAAAUAAAACACACGCACCUAGUCCUCUACCAUAAUUAAAGAAAUAUUACGCAGUUUCGUUCGCAUCGGGAGUAAUAUAACCAUUCUGUAACGUUUAACAUAUAGUUAGUAUUAACAAUACCAAAGGAUUAUCAUCAAAUGAAGUCGAAGAGAAAGAAGAAAUUGAUAACUGCGCUAUAGUAUAUUAUUUUUGGAACAUUUUUUUUGUUAUUUACUAUUUGCGCAUGCUAUUGUCUUCAGAAAACAGUACAUGCUGUAAUUUAUCAUUUAUUCCCUUUUUUUUGUACCAUACGUAAAUAAAUCAAAG